AAAAAAACGAAAAAAAAAAAAAGUUUCGGAUAAUCCUCUGCGUUCCCGAUUGUCCAACUCAAAAUCAUCUCUUUUCACUUCUCUCCUGCGCCAAAAAUGGCUUUUCGUCUGCAAGUGCUGUCGUCAUCACCAUCUCUCACACCCACACACAAAUAUCCUCUCCCUUUCUUGAAAAACACCAACAGAGCAUCUUUGCCUCAAAACACCCCAAUAUUCCCCAAAUUAUCACAUUUGCCCCAAUGGGUUUCUUCUGUUGGACCUAAAUAUUUGAAUCUGUUGCUCUCGGGCUCGGUCGCUCUUGCUUUGUCCUUCUCUGGGGUGGGUUCUGCUGAGGGAAAGGCUGGGGUGAACAAACCAGAAUUACUACCUAAAGAGUUUACUACUGUGAUUGAUGUUGCUGGGUUCUUGUCUGAUGGCCAGGAAAAGAGGAUUGCACAAGAGAUUGAUGACCUCGAAAAAGACACGGGAUACAAGUUACGAGUUUUGGCUCAAAAUUAUCCCGAUACUCCCGGGUUAGCAAUUAAGGAUUUCUGGAAUGUGGAUGAUAGUACUAUUGUAUUUGUUGCUGACCCCACGUUUGGAAAUAUAAUUAAUUUCAAUGUUGGGGCCUCGGUCGAUUUGGACAUACCGCGCAGCUUUUGGACCCGGUUAGCUGGAAAAUAUGGGAACAUAUUUUACUGGAAAGAAAAGGGAGAAGACGCGUCUAUUGAAGCUGCUGUGAUGGCCGUAUCGACAUGUUUACGAGAGCCUGUGAGUACAAAUAAUUGUUCAGAGGUUAAGUAAAUUUCUGCAAAUCCUCUGAAUUUGCUUUUGCCUAUCUGAAUAUAUGUAAAUCUGAUUCCUUUAUUUACUUAUCCAUUACAUUGGACAUUGCAGUUCUUGAUCAUUCUAAUUACUAAGCUAACAUUUCCUUAUAGUAACUGUUGUUUUGUAGGAUUUUUCUUCUUCUUCUUUUUUUUUUUUUU